GCCCCGGCUACGUCCGCUUUCUGCAGCGGGCCGCACACAUUUCCGUUUCCGCCGCCGCCGCCGCCGCCGCCGCCGCCGCCGCCUCCUCCUCCUGGUCCUUCUUGCCGAGGCCGUUUCGAGGUUUGUGUCUCUGCACCAUGUCGGGUGGCCUCCUGAAGGCGCUGCGCAGCGACUCCUACGUGGAGCUCAGCGAGUACCGGGACCAGCACUUCCGGGGUGACAAUGAAGAACAAGAAAAAUUACUGAAGAAAAGCUGUACAUUGUAUGUUGGAAAUCUUUCCUUUUAUACAACUGAAGAACAGAUUUAUGAACUCUUCAGCAAAAGUGGCGACAUAAAGAAGAUCAUCAUGGGUCUGGAUAAAAUGAAGAAAACAGCAUGUGGAUUCUGUUUUGUGGAAUACUAUUCAAGAGCAGAUGCGGAGAAUGCAAUGCGGUACAUAAAUGGAACUCGUCUGGACGACCGGAUCAUACGCACAGACUGGGAUGCAGGCUUUAAGGAGGGCAGGCAGUAUGGACGUGGACGGUCUGGGGGUCAGGUUCGAGAUGAGUAUCGAGAGGACUACGAUGCUGGGAGAGGCGGCUAUGGAAAACUGGCACAAAAACAGUGAGUGCUGAGAGCCCCGAGUACACAGCUCACGCUGUUGAUGUUGGCGAACAGUACCAAGGUCUGACCAGUGUCUCUGUUGCACUGGAAGCCACCUCUGGUUUUGCUCUGAAAUAUUAAAAGACAGAAUCCAAAAGAAUGCCUUUAAUUCUAGUCUUAUUAGGAUGAUUUUCUGUUAUUAUGUCAAAAACUAUAUUCCUAGGCAGCAGACUCAAUCUGUGCCAAUUAAACUGUCAGCUGAAUGCCACACUUUUAGGCAGACUAGAAAAAGUGUGAGAAUUGGCUUUACAAGGUUGGUAAUCUUCAUGAGGACUGAAAAAUUUUUUAUAUUUUAAGUUUGCAUGUUUAUUGGUAAAGUUUUGAUAUCGGCUGUAACUCUGCUCUAAAUUAGGAACAGAUGUUUGUCAAGUGAAUCUGCUUUUUAUAUUUCAAUAUAGUUGGCAUAAAAGUCAGCCUUAAAUGGCCCUGGGGCUGCCACCUGCUCAUAUACUUUAGUAAACACUUCAAAUCCUGAUGCAUAAAGUUCUCAAUAGAUGCAAAUGUUUCAGUUUAAAACAAAGCAAGAAAAACAGAAACAAAAACCCAAGGACUUUGUUAUACAGAGAGGCUCUGAAAUCCUAAGAAGUAGGGGAAGACAUUGUCAGUGGGGCAUGGAAUGAAAGUUCAAACAUUCCCUCAAUAUGGUAGCUGAGAUUGGAGCCAUUAGAGUAUGUCUUCCUGUUUUCAAAAUGAGAAUGGGCAUUAGAAAAGGGCUUCAGCCAGGCCAGUAAUCCUAGCUACUUGGGAGGCUGAAGCAAGAGGAUCAAAAAUUGAAGGCCAGCCUGGGCACCUUUUGAGUAUGUCUCAAAAUACAAACAUAAAAAUGGCUGGAGAAGACACAGGGCACAGUGGCUAGGUACUUAGUAUGUGAGUAGUCUGGUUUAACACUCAGAACUACCUAAACAAUCACAGUGUGACAAUUGGGAGUGUUUACAACAGAAAGCCUCUAGGAAAUGUCUGUUACAACUAAUCCACAUCUUUUAGCUUUUUUCCUUCAACUUGUGCUGAGGGCCAUGUGUAAUAGUAAGCUGGAGGCUGGGCUCUACAGAAGAUGCCUAGAGAAUGUUUUUCCCCCAUCUUCCAAUUCUCACUAGUUUUUCAAAGUUGAGGCAGAAUAUCUUUUCUUGGCACUGUAAUGACUGUAAUGCUUAGAAACCCAUUUGUGAACACUCAAUAAGGAGACACUCGAGUUUUAAAAUAAAGCUUUUAUACUGUA